UCAAGGCUAAUGAAGGAGAAAUGAAAUAUUCGGUCUUCCAUCUUUCUCGCACUCGAGCUCACAAACCUCAAAUUCCAUGCGCGUAACCGAUAAGACAACGACUGGUUUAUCCCACACCAAUGGAUAAUAUCUGGAUUAAGUUCAUCGAGGAGAAAGCAGACGAAGAAAGAGACAACUGGACUUGCUUUAGUCAACGCGAUAUAAGCGCUGUUCCAUGUCAAAUUUGCAACAUCAUCACUCCGUUUUCCUCAUUUCUGUUUAAAGUGAUGGCACGCCACUUGAUGAUUAAGAUUGAAUUAAAUCAUCGCCACUGAUUUCGUAAUGACCGCAUUGUGUAGCCGGUGCACAUUCAAGUGCAUAUUCAGGUCCGAUCAUUGAAGGAUGAAACGAAUUUACGGAGGCCGAAUAUCCGUAGGUAUGCAGAAGAUUCGAUAGUAGUACUAAAACGAUUUUCGGGAUGGCUAACAAGGACGAAAAAAUCAGUGGCCAAGAGUUGGCUUUCAUCAAAGAUAAUAAGUAUGCGUCCAAGGGUGGACAGGACUGUUUGCGAGGUUUUAUCUACCAGCUGAAGCUGUUGAUGCUUUUCAUGAUACGCGGACUCCGGAAGGGUUACAAGUUUCGUCUGGCAACGGAGAUGAUGGCGGCCGAAGAUUUCGACGACUUGAUAUUUGAGUAUGAAAGCGAUGGCGAUACCACAUGCUGCAGUAAAAUAGCUUACCGGUUUCUUCAAGCCAAGCACACCCAGAAUGAUGCGAAAGAAAUCGACGCUGAGAAUCUUUUCACAAGCAGUGACUUUAAUUUGCAAAAGUACUUCAACUCCUACUGUAAUAUAAAGAGGCAUUCUGUUUUGAGUCGCGGAAUUUUGGAUGAUUUUAUCAUAUACACUAACAUCAAUUUGAAUGAGGAAAAACUAAAGGCCAAAGGCAUUAGGCUUCUGCCCGUUAAAGGACUCGAUGAGUUUCUCGAUGUAAAAACUCGAAGAAAUGACGACAGGCGAUACAAGUUUGACAGUGAAGAACCGUCGAAGAUAUAUGAAAAUUUAGCGUCAGAAGCUUACAACCUUGCGCAGAUGUUGGUCGAGAAAGUUCUGAAUUCAAAAAAGUUGAGUGUGGAUACAGAUCUUCUUAAAAAAUACCGGACUGCGUUGACAGCAGAAGUUAUCAGCAUCAAGGAUAGAACUUUGUCCGAAAAUUUUAUCGAUGGCUCUGAGAACCUGUCCGAAAGGGGAAAAUAUUUUCGCGAGGUUUUUUACGCGCAGGUUUUGAAACAAAAAGGGUUACCGAACGAUUACGACCGUCCGGAAGAUUUGUGGAAGGAGAUGAAAGACCAGUCGUUGAAAUUAUCCGAAGGUUUCAUUUCGGACUACGAAAUUGAAGACUCGGAAAAAUUGUCCAUGGAAUUCAAAACUCUAUUGAAAGACGCCAAAGUUGACGAAGUAAUCAAAGUAGAAUUGAAUAAGAAAAGUGCUUCCAAACAAGGAGGGAGAGUAGUCAUUGCUCACAACAUUGCACGCAAUAUUGUCACGCUUGAUAAAUACGUUUUGAUUGAAAAAACCGAUGACUUGUUUCAAUUUAAUCCAAACUUUUUGGAUGACAGUAUCAAGCAGCCUGCUGAUAUAUUCAAGUUGAAAAAAUCCUUGAAGUCUAAGCUUGGUAGUCAAUACGGAGAUCUUGAUAAAUACCAAUUUGAAAUGAAAAGUUUCACCAGAGUAAAGGAAGAGCAGCUACGUGCAAAGUGUGAACUACCUGAGGGUAAAAUUGACGACAAAGAAAUCGCUGGUUUUCUCGACAAGUUAAUCUUUGCCGUUAAACAACCGAACGAAGUUGAGCUUGGCGAAAUAUUAACGCGGGAAAUGAGUGAGGAUGACACGUUCAAUUUACUCGAUGCCGAUUUGGUCACUCAUCGUUUCGAACAAAAGAUGCGAGAAUGGUUUUUGGACAGAAAAGGAACGUUCAUGUCGAUGGAGGAGGGCCGAGACUUGAUCAGCAGCAUCAGAGAAAAGGUCAAUACUCUGAUGAUUUCUGGGAUAAGCUUGGCGUAUCCGGAGGAGCUUGAAGAAUAUGGCAUAGAAUUUGACAACGUGAACGAGGAGUUGGUGAAAUUUUUGUCCUCCGACGCUGCCCGUGAUCCAAAUUUAGCUCUGAGCUUGAUUACCAAAGGGGAAACUUUGCCAGCUGCAAUUCAAGUUCACAAAGCUGUGAAACAAUGUAAUAAGUAUCGAAAGCAAGACAGCGUUAUAUUCAUACGUCAAGAAACACUGAUACGUCUUAAAAUCAGAGAACGAGUGAUCGAUGCAUUUAAAUCGCUGGGUAGUUACGAAUUAUUAGUGAUAGUAUGUAAAUCGUCGGACGAGCUGGUGAUGCAUAAAUUGUCCAAGUUUUACCAAAAGUUAAGUACAAUAAUGCAAAAAAACAAUACCAAGAAAUUGAUUCUUGUUACUGGAACGGAGGUACUUUUGAAUAACUGCAGCAAAAAUAUUGAUUGUAACGUCGGUUUUAAUGAUUUUACGAUAAAUUCACAACAAGAAUUGCUUAAUAAACAGGUCAUCAAUUUGCAAGGUCGAAAAGAGAGAUCAAGUUUCGGAAACUUGUUGCGAAUUUCUAGAUUAGAUGAGAUCGAAUCGGUCAAGAAAGCCCAAUUACAAGAUACAUUAUUAAAAUCAAGCACGUUAGUUAAGCUCAUUGGUGGCGAGGAGAUAAAGAUCGGAAAUGAGUUGAAAGGAUUGGGCGAAGUGGACGAUUAUUACAUAACUCGUUCAGUUAACUUACAAGUCAUCAUCAGAACUGACAUUUUCAGAUCAGAUCAGACAUCCGAUCUAUUCGCUAUUGGCCAUGCCGACAAUAAAUCUUGGCAGAAAUUCCAGAUUAGAGGUGUCGGGAUUGAAUCUUCUGAUGAAAUCGAGCCGUGGAAUCGAUACUCGCAUAAAUUCAAAGUUCUAAAUGAUGGCCAAGAGAACGAACAGUUUGAGAGGUUGUGUACCGAGUAUCCGAAACACGACGUUCAUUGGCUCAUGAUGGGUAGCAGCGGACUACUUUGGGUAAAAUCCCGAGGUAAUAUUACCACUUUGGUGAAACAUAGAGAUGGUUCGGGUGAUUAUUACUGUUCGUACGAUCACUGUCAAGUUUGCAAUGCAGCCACGAGGGUUUCGUCGGUGGAUCAGCUGGCUAAUCAGCAUGAGCGGCCCGUAAUCAUUUCUAAUACUGCUGGGAUGGGUAAGACGAUUAUGUUUACUUAUUUGGCGAGGAAGUUGGCAGAUUAUCCAGGAAUGUGGGUGAUCAAAAUCAAUUUAAACGAUUUCACCGAAGUACUGUUGGAGGAGCUUCGCAGUCGAACUUUUCACGAAAAUGACAUUGUCGAAGCGAUAGAAUUUUUUGUGGAUAAACUCUUGGUCCCUGAGACUGAUUUGGAGAAAGAGAUUUUCAAGAGACUCAUCCAAGAGCCGGGUGGCGUAGGCUUGUUGCUUGAUGGGUUCGACGAGAUUAGCCCAGAUUACGAGGAGGUAGUAACGGACUUGCUGAAGGCGUUCAAAAAAUGUGACCUCAAGACAAUGUUCAUCGCCACCAGACCCCACAUGCGAAUCACGUUGGAAAACACACUUCAGAUAUUUUCCUGCUCGAUUGAACCAUUUUCUCAGAACGAUCAGGUCGACUUCUUGGUGAGGUUUUGGGUGAAGGAUUUCGGUAAAUGUGAUAACCGAGAAGAGGUGCUGAAUUGGUUAGAUGACCGUGCCAAAGAUUUGAUAGCCAAGCUCGCGAAGACCAUUUCUGACCCGCUGAUGGAGUUCACCAGGAUCCCACUACAUAUUAGGAUGGUGGCAGAGGUCUUCUGUUAUGAUAAACAAUGUGACUCUGAAGUAUGCGAGGUAUCUUUGACGUUGGACAACGACGAAUGGCAGUUUCCAGAAAGAAUAAACAUGAUUACAUUGUACAAACGGUUCGUUGAGAGGAAGUACGGAAUAUUGUGUAACGAAAAGGACAAAGAAGACCAUUCCAGGUUAGGUUCAAAAAAAAGAAGUGAGAAAUUUUUUGAGACCGUUUUAGAAUCUCAUCAAUUGUUAGCAAUGAAGACAUUGCUGAACGGUAAAGAUCUUUCGAUGUUGCGGGUGUCGCGGCGGGAUAUAAAAAAAGCAGAAGACUUGAUAAUCGACAUUAACGACGGAAACGAGCGAACUGGAAUCGUGACUCAAAUUGUCGAUGGCAAACCGCAGUACAUCCAUCGAACUAUCAUGGAAUAUUUUGUUGCUACUUAUCUAAUAAACGUUCUCAAGUAUGCUGAAGAGGAUAAAGAUUGUCCGAAUCGAAAGUUGCGGACAUUCAUAUUGAAGCAAAUUCUAACUCAGCCAGAGUACGAUAUUAUUCGCGCAUUCUUUAACGACUUGUUAAACGAGGUACACGCGACAUAUGACGUUUGUCACUGGAAAGCAGAACCAGAUGACUACAGUAACGAAAAUCGCAGAACACUUUUUCACAUAGCUGCUAUGGAAGGCAAUCAUCAGAUCAUGAGAUUCUUCCUAGUUCGUUUGGGAAAGAACACUAGGACUCGGCAGCAAAUAGCCAACAUGAAAAGUAACUUUGGUGAGGUAGCACUGCACUUGAUAUUCGCAGAUCGCUGGGAUGGACUGCGCUGCAGACGUUCCGACGCGAAUGACUUGCAGAUAAUAAAAUGGUUGCUCGAAAACGGAGCGGAUGUCAACGCCGUUGACAUGGUGUCACGUACGCCAAUGCGCCGAGCUUUGAUCGCUGGAAAAGUCGACGCUCUGAAGUUAAUGGCAAAAAAUCAAAUCAUCGAUGUUGAAGCUCGAGAUAAGUCAGCUACGACAUUUGAGCAAGGACUUGCGGAAACUCGGGAAUGGCAAUUGGUGACGAGCUUGUUGAAUGAGCUGGGUGCCGGUACCAACAAACUGGAUGAUUUAGGAAGAUUGGACAUACUGAGAUGGCUGGUGAAGAACCAUAUUGCAGAUAUUAACGUUCGGGAUACAUCGGGAAAAACAUUGCAGCACGUCGCAGCUGCUCGUAAAAACUUCACAGUCCUAAAGUGGCUGGUGGUGGAACGAGGUGCCGAUCUUCACGCUCGAGAUGAUUUUGGCAAUACAGUACUGCAUACGGCUGUUGCUCGCUGGAGCUUGGCCGACAUUAAGUGGCUGGUCGAAGAGCUAGGCGCAGAUCUAGACACUCGUGAUAAUGACGGCAGCACAAUUCAGCACAGCGCAGCUGCAUCUGGAAGGUGGGAAAUACUGAGGUGGCUAGUGGAGGAGAAGGGUGCUGAUGUCAACGUUCGAGACGACAUGGGGAGAACUUUACAGCAUAAUGCUGUCUUGGUCAACUUAAGCAUGUUGAAAUGGCUAGUAGAAAAACACGGCGCCAAUACGAACGUUCGGGAUCAUUCAGGGAACACAUUGCAGCACGAGGCUGUAACUCUCCGUAACUUGAGCACAUUGAAGUGGCUAGUGGAAGAGCGAGGUGCCGAUGUUUAUGCUCAUGAUGCGACAGGUCGGACAAUACAGCAUGUUGCUGUCCAGCGGCAGGAGUUAGAGGUGCUUAAUUAUCUAGUGGAAGAGCGAGGUGCCGACCCUAACGUGUGGGAUAAUUCUGGAAGGACAUUGCAGCACUACGCAGCGAAAUUCGGUGAAUUGGAGAUACUGAAGUGGCUUGUCGAAAAUCACGGUGUCGAUAUCGAAGCUCGGGAUCAUUUGGGGAAAACAGUGCAACAUGAGGCUGCUGAACAUGGACAAUCAGACGAACUUGAGUGGUUGGUAGAAAAGCAGAAUGUCGAUGUUAACGCUCAGGAUUAUUCGGGGAUGACACUGAUGCAUUGGGCAGCUCAAAAUCGGAACUGGGAUGUAGUGAAGUGGCUGAUAGAAGAACAGAAUGCGGACGUUCAUGUCGCAGACGAGUCAGGAAGGACGUUGCUUUAUUGGGCUGCUCAACGUGAGAACUGGGAACUUGUAAAGUGGCUGGUCGAAGAACGAGGUGCCGAUAUUAACGCUUGGCACGACUCGGGGCGAACAUUGCAACAUAAAGCUGCUUCGUACUACAACUUGGACGUGUUAAAGUGGCUGGUGGAGGAGAGUGGGGCCGAUGUUGACGUUUGGGACGACUCAGGGAGAACGUUGCAGCACGAAGCAGCUGAAGCUGGAAAAUUGAACAUCCUCAAAUGGCUGAUAGAGGAGCGAGGUGUUGAUAUUAACGCUAGGGAUAAUUCGGGAAGCACAUUGCAGCACAAGGCUGCGGCGUUCUUCGCCUUGGACGUGUUAAAGUGGCUUAUAGAGGAACGGGGAGCUGAUAUUAACGUUCGCGAUUAUUCGGGAAGAACAUUGCAGGACGUGGCCACCAAGGCUGGGCGACUAAAUGUGGUAAAGUGGCUGGUGGAGAAGCAAGGCGUCGAUGUAGAAGCUCGGAACAGUUUCGGAAGGACGUUGCAUCACGAGGCUGCUUACCAUCAUCAUUGGAAAAUAGUUAAGUGGCUUGCAGAAAAGCACAGAGCUGAUGUCAACAUUCGCGACGAUUCGGGGAGAACAUUGCAGCACGAGGCUGCUUGUUACUGGCAUUUGUACGCAAUGAAGUGGCUUUUAAGAGACCGAGGAAGCGAUAUUAACGCUCGAGAUUACUUGGGACGAACAGUACAGCACGCGGCAGCUGAAGCAGGGGAAUUUACCAUUCUAAGGUGGCUGGUGAACAAUGAGGGGGUCGAUAUUAACGCUCGGGACUAUUCAGGGAAAACGUUGCAGCAUGAGGCUGCUAAGGCCGGGAAAUUGAACAUACUGAGAUGGCUCGUUAGUCAGAAAGGUGUCGAUGUUAAUGCCUGCGAUGAUUUGGGUAGAACAUUACAGCACGACGCGGCUGCGGCUGGGGAAUUAGAGGUUCUUAGAUGGCUGGUGAAAAGUCAAGGUGUUUAUAUCGAUGCUCAGGAUAAGUCAGGUAAUACAUUACGGCAGGAGGCUGUUAUGUCUGGAAAAUUAGAGGUCCUAAAAUGGCUUGACGAACAGCAAGAUUGCAGGUGAUGUACCGAUGAUCUAGACAUUGGAAAUUGGUCUUGGAAAAAGGUCUGUGGAAGCUAUCGGUACAAUUGUUUGUGCAGUGAUGCUUGUUUCCCUGUUCAUAUCCCACACCGCAAAACUGACAUAAAAACCGUUUUGUAACUCAGAAUAAAUCCGUUACUUUGAUCUCGCUGAUGAUGAGUAAUUUUCAAUUCAUGAUAAAGAGCAUAACAAAAAUGGUUUCUUCCGCUAAGCUCGAAAAUGUCAUAGAAUAAAAUUAUUGAAAUUUCGAUUUGAAAUAAAUUCCAGAUUAAUUCAGAAAGAUCUAUUUCAAAUUCCCGACGGCAUGAUUGUUGUUACACGAUGAAGAUCUAGUUUUUUGCAUUACUUAAAAUUAUAAAAUGAAUCAGAUCCUCAAAUAGCAACAUAUAUUAUUAACCAAAAUGCAUUUACCGAAUGGUAAUAUUUACUUAUUAAUUAACCUAAGCCAAAAAUAGAAGUUUCUGGAAACUGUUACCAAUUACGUUGUCAAAUAAAUUUAAUUUUAUAAAUCGUUUUCUAAAGCUCAACUCUCUGACAAAAUGUAAACCUUGUUGGAUGUAUUAAAAUCCAAAUGAUUGUAGUUUUCUUCAGUGCACCGAAUAGACCAAAUUUGAAUUUCUCAAA